AUGCGUUCGACUCUUCUGCUUGCUGCUCUGGCAGCUGGCGCUGUUAACGCCUUCGAAAGAAGCGUCUACGUGACGGAUUGGACCACCGUCACCGUCACCAAGACCGUCACUGCGCCCGCCGCCGUCGAGACCGUUCAACCUGCCCAGCAGGUCCAGGUUGACCACCAGACCCCCACCAUGUCUGUCGACCCCGUCGAGACCGAGCCCUCGGAUCUCCCCAAGAAGCCUACCGCCAUCGUUCCCGAAGCGGCCACUUCUAUGCCCGCUCCUACCGAAGAGGCUCAACCCACCGCUGACUCCACUUCCUACUGGUCGUCUGCCUGGACUUCGACCAUCCAGCCUCCGCCUGCCGCUUCCACCGUCUCAACUUCGACCACAUCGGCCGCCCCCAGCUCCGCCCCUGCCAAUUCCUACCAGCACGCCGUGCUGUACAACCACAACAUCCACCGCAGCAACCACUCCGCCCCUUCCGUCGACUGGGAUUCCUCUCUCGAGUCUAGCGCCCGCACUCUGGCCUCCAGAUGUGUUUACCACCACGACACUUCCAUCGAUGGUGGUGGUUACGGCCAGAACAUCGGCUACGGCGUCGAGGCGAACGAGAUUGGUGUUAUGAUCACAAACCUGAUGUACAACGGCGAGAUCGGCUACUUCCCGACCCCCUACGGCGCGAGCCAACCCAGCAUGAGCGACUUCGAGAAGUGGGGCCACUUCUCCCAGAUUGUCUGGAAGGGCACCACCCAUGUCGGCUGCGCGACCGUGAUGUGCAACGACCUUGGCAACGUCGAUUCUAGCUCCUCCCUGCCCUUCACCGUCUGCAACUACUCUCCCGCCGGUAACUACGAGGGUGAAUACGGCGAAAACGUCCUAGCUCCUCUGGGCUACAAAACUUACGUCGCCUAA